AGCCGCCGCAGCCCGGGGAGAAGCGCUCCCGGUGCGAGAGCGGGGUCGGGGCCGCCCGGACAGGCACUGCCGCUGUGCUGUCGGCAGGAGCAGCAGGGGCCGUGCUGCCACCUCACCGGCUGGGUGCACUGACUGGCCUGCAGCACGGAGCCAUGCAGGACAGACGGAGGUCUCUCUUCUUGGGAAGCUAAAAGUGGGUACUUUUCCCUGCUGUAGACCGGGAGAUUCCGGGCCCAGCUGAUGUCUGAACCGAGUGCUGAGGCAGGUGCAGUGCAGCAGGAAAGCUGUCCUGGCCUGAAUUCAUGCCAUUGCAAGCUCAGGGCUCAGUGACUUUGGCCUUUCCGGAAGCGGAGCCUCUCCUGAAGGUAACACACAUCCCACACAGUGACCUGCUUCUAGAAAUAGGCUAUUGCAGAAUGACCUUGCAUUAAGCCUUUGUGGAAGAAGCAAGAUUUAAACCUCAAUUCUUCAAUGUGCAUCCUUCUAUUCAAAUUUGACCCCCGACCAGUUUCAAAAAAUGCAUACAGGCUUAUUCUAGCAGCUAAUAGAGAUGAAUUUUACCACAGACCAUCCAAAUCAGCAGAGUUUUGGGACAGCAGCAAUGAGAUCCUUAGUGGUCUGGAUAUGGAGGAAGGAAAAGAAGGUGGGACGUGGCUGGGAAUAAGUAAGAAAGGCAAGCUGGCAGCCCUGACAAACUAUAUGCAGCCAAAGACUGAUCAAAAUGCGAAAGGAAGAGGUGCUCUUGUGACAAACUUCUUGACUGGAGAUCUGGACAGCUACUCUUACUUGAAGAAAGUCUCACUAGAAGGACAUCUUUACAAUGGAUUUAAUUUAUUAGCAGCUGACUUGAAUACCACCAAAGGAGAUGUAAUUUGCUACUAUGGAAACAAAGGAGAACCAGAACCUGUUUUCCUAAAUGCUGGAAUAUAUGGAUUGAGUAAUUCUCUGUUGGAUACACCAUGGAAGAAACUUGAAUAUGGGAAGCAGCUUUUCACAGAGGUGGUCAAGAGAAGUCAAGACCUUACCAAAGAAGAAUUGGUGCAGGAGCUUCUCACAGUGAUGAAUAAUCAACAGCCUCAAUUACCAGACCCUGCAAUUGAAGAGCAAGGGAAGGAUUACAUCCGUCCUGUACUGAAUGAGUAUGCAGCUAUUUGUGUUCGUUGCCCAGGUUAUGGGACAAGGACUAACACAGUCCUUCUCGUUGAUUCUGAAGGAUGGGUUACUUUCACAGAGCGCAACAUGAUCAAUGUAGAAGACAACCAGUGGAAAACAAGCACCUAUGAAUUCAAACUGUACACUUAACUUUCCAUUUCAGUGGUCUGUAAUAAUAGCAAUGAGAGAACAAGCCAUUAAGCUCUAGUAAAUGUUUUGUGCCAGCCUCCACAAGCUAAAAAUAGCAAGGAAAUGAAGGGUUUAAAUAAAUUGGUAGCAUACCCUAUCAGGGCUCACAAAUCCUUUGGGUAAAACCAAAAGAAACUGUUUUGUCAUUAAGUAGCACCUUGCCAUCAGAAAUAAUUUUUGCAAUAUCACUCUGCCUCCAGGGCAAGGCCAUCUCUGCCCAGGAUGGAGUCACUGAUUUUUGUGGGUGUUUUGGUUUUAGUUUUUGGGAUGUUUUAAGUAGAUUCUUAAACAUCUUUUCAGUUCUGAGGAGGGGAAACAUUUGCUGCCUUUAUUGUUCUACCUGAAGGUUUUAUCAACCUUUUAAGAUUGUGUAACUGAUGCCAGUGUGUUUUAAAUGAAUGUAUUUUAUCUUUAUAGCAUUAAAUGCUUUAGUAACAAACUUUUCAGCAGUGCCAUGGUGCAAUGUUGUGCCUGGGGAGGGCAGAGCAGGGGGGGUUCUUUCUGUUUGUUUUCCUAGAUAGUACAGCAAUAGAGCUUUUUUCUAAAACUUGAUUGAGAAUAGAUAGGAGAUUUAGUUCAGUCUGAUCACUUUUUGCUGAAAGAAUCAUGGGAGCAGACUUGCUUAUCUUUGAGUGGAAUAAAAUCAUUUGUAUUGUG